UCUUUGGCUCUCGCUCACACACACACACACACGCGCGCGCGCGCUCUCUCUUACCAUAACAGCUCAUUGAGCGAGCGCGCACUAUUGGAGUUGGAGUUUUGCAGAAACCAGUUCGGGUUUUAUCAUCUUUACUGUACAUCUUGCUCUCGUUCUCUCUCUUUCUCCCUCUGUUUCAUUCGUGUAUUCCUCAGCCGCCAUGUCCGAGGUUUUGCCCUACAGUGAGGGAAAGAUGAACGGCUACGGACCGGACGACGAGGUCGGACAAAUGUCGUUCAGCUGCCGGCUGCAGGACACCAACUCGUUUUUCGGUACGUCGCAGUCCAAAAGGCCGCCGAAGCUCGGACAGAUCGGACGGGCAAAGCACGUGGUCAUUGAAGACGACCGAAUAGACGAGGUUCUGAAAGGCAUGUCGGAUAAACCGUCCCCCGGUGUGUAGACCCUCCUGACGCAUACGAACCCUAAUUUUUGCAUUUUAAUCACCGGUUUGAAGCACCGCAUGUGAAGCAGUGAGGAGCGACUGAGGAGCCUCUGAAGAUCAGGAUGCUGAGAGCGGACUGAAGAAGAGGAGAUGAUGAAGGACUGGUAGGACAUGUCCAAGGGAGUUGAGUUUAAAAUGGGGAAACAAUGGAAUUUUCUUUUCCAAGCUGCUGGUUUAGCUUUAUAAUUCUCCAAAAACAAAACCCACAUAGAUCAUAAACGAAUCCCACCCCACCUUCAUCAGAGCGAUGAGAAGAAGAAGAAUUCUGGAAGUCGUGCCCGGGUCCGACUUCAUCAUUCCGUCAUCACGAUAUCAGUAUUCAGUCAUCACCGGACAUCGGGAUCAGGGUUUUAGAGCCACGUUUCAUUGAUGUAGCUGCAGUCACGUGGAGACUCGUUCGAGUCACGUGCUCACAAACGACGUGUAUAAAUAGUGCAUUAUCAAAAUAAAUUGUAAAAUAAAGAAAUGCAACAGUUGACUAUUGUGUGCAUGCAGAUUGCAUGGCAUUUCAGCUGUAUCACACUUCCGCCAUAUUUUCUAUUCGUGUGUUAAACUAGAAUUAACUCAAAUUACCGAGUUUGUACCUUUGAAGGAAAGUAAUCUUCAAUUAAGCUUAGAUUCAAGGUGCCUCAUUUGCUCCAUCAGCUCCAACUAAGCACCUUUAAUUGUUUAAAAUAAAAAUAAAAUGCACGAGUGAACAUUUAACAAUUGUUUCCGCUUGCUGUAGGCUACAUGUAGUGUUCAUCAUCAGACACGCGCGCGCGUUUUUGUGAAUUAUUUUUAGUUCCGGCUUACGUGUCGUACGGUAGCAUGGGCUCUUUUAAACAUACCAUAUUUACACACACACAGACACACACACACACACACACACACACACACACACACACACACACACACACACACACACAGGGCAGGUCCUGAUGUGUGUGUGUGCAAACCAGAGAAAAACACGUCUGCAAAUCUGCAAAUAUAUGUCAAAAAUAUGGUAAUUUUAUGAAAAUAAUAUACAAGAAGUUUACAUCCAAUGCCAAGGAGGAUCUAAAGAACAAGAAGAAUGAUCAUACUCAUUAUGAUUUCUAAAAUAAAAGGAGGAGGAGAGGAAGUUUAUUUAUCAAUUUUAUUUCAUUGAAUAAUUUUUUUAAUGUUUAGAGUGGUGUAUAUAAGAAAAUCUCUCGGUGAUUGAGUUUGCAUGAAGUUUGUGCUGUGCAGGUGUUUUGCACCUGUGUCCAAAUCUCCUAAUCUUUUUACUGAAUAUUUGUAUUUUUUAUAAAUAAAUAUUUGUUUCUAAAAAAUUAAAUGAUAGUGUGCAUUCAAAAGCAUAAUAAUAAUAACAAUACUAAUAGAAAUUAUUAUUAUUAUUAUUAUUAUUAUUAUUAUUAUUAUUAUUAUUAUUAUUAUUAUUGCUUGUCAUUCCAAAACUUAAACUAUUUCUACUCUGUUAUUUUUAUUUUCAUUCAAAAUAGUGUUUUUUAGUUUUUUCAUUUUUACUUAGAAUUAAUUUUAAUUUUGUUUUUUACGGUUCUGUAUGCUUUUGUUGUGCAUGAAAUGUUCAUAUUUUCCAAAUGAAUA